AUGGCAACUGAUCACUCACAAGGAAUUCUGCCAUUCACACGGCAAAUAACCUUUGGUCUCUCCAUGGAUCACCAGUGCGCAUUCAGAGAUUCACUUGGAUUAGCUUUCCAUUUUGACCAACCUCAUCUGGAUCCAGUUUACAGUCACAGGUAUGCUGGACGAUUCUCCUACCUGUCUUUCCCAGGACAGCUUGGUCUAUAUGACUACUCAUUUGAGCCUACGUUCAUACGAAAGCGCAAUGAAAGAGAGAGGCAACGAGUUCGUUGUGUGAAUGAAGGUUAUGCACGCCUAAGGGAGCAUCUCCCCCAAGAAUUCGAGGACAAGAGAUUAAGUAAAGUGGAGACAUUGCGUGCCGCAAUUAAUUACAUAAAACAUUUGCAAAGCCUCCUGGAUCUCAGUCUGCCAGGCAAUAUCACAGAGCUGUCAUCUGACGCGGAGCAAAGUCCACGGCCCAAACAGCUCCCUGAAUGCAACAGCGAUGGUGAAUCCAAACAUAGUCUCAGUGAUAGUGGAGAUGCCAACUACUGA